AUGCCGGAAGAGGGAAGGAAGCGCUCGCGUUUCGACCAGACCGAGCCCGAGCCCGCGCGCAAGUCGCGCUUCGAUCGCCGCUCGCGCUCGCCCGCCCCCAGGCUCUCCGAAGCUCGCCGCAGCCGUAGUCCCAUCGACCGUCAGGCCAGCGACAGCCCCGCGACAAAGGAGAGGAAGGAUCCUGCCGCCGCUGCCGCUGCCGCUGCUGCGCGCAUCAAUGCCCAGAUCCAGGCAAAGAAGGGCAUCCAGCAUGUCGACGUGCCGCCCAUUCGCUCCAGCAUCACGCCCACCGCCGCAAAGUCUCCCUCGGCCCCUCCCGCCAAUGAGGGCGACGUCUACCAGCAGGAUGGCGACUACAUCAAGGACAUCGAGGUCAACGACCUGCGCAACCGCUAUGUGCUGACCAAGGGCUCUACUCAGAAAAUGAUUAAAGAUCAGACGGGUGCCGAUGUCACCACCCGCGGCGAAUACUACCCAGACAAGAGCAUGGCCAAACCUGGCGCCCCGCCUCUUUUCCUUCACGUCACUAGCACGACCAAGGAGGGCCUCGAAAAGGCCAUCGAGAAAAUCGAAGAGCUCAUGAAGCAGGAACUUCCUAACCUCGUGGACGAGCGCCGAUUCCGCCGUCGCGAGCCGGAACAGUUUGAGCGUGACGAGCUCGGCAGGCGCAAAUGGCCUGAGGAGAAGAUUCCCGUGGACCUCGAGCCCAUUCCAGGCUUCAACCUCCGUGCCCAGGUUGUCGGAUCUGGCGGCCAGUUUGUCAAGCACAUUCAGCAAGAGACGCGCUGCCGUGUUCAGAUCAAGGGCCGCGGAUCCGGCUUUAUGGAGUAUCAAACUAAUCAAGAGAGUGAUGAGCCUAUGUACCUUCACGUUGCUGGUCCUGACCCAGCCCAGGUCACCAGAGCCAAGGAGCUCUGCGAGGACUUGCUCGGACAUGUCAGGUCAAAUUACGAGACCUUCAAGGCCCACGGCCCCGCUCGCCGUGGUUACGGCGGUGGAGACCGCUACGACGGUAGGAAUGGCGGCAGUCGCUCAGACAGUUACGGCCGUCAAGAUAGCUACGGCGGCGGUAACAGCUACAGCAGCGGCUACGGUGCACAGCAAUCCCCCGCGUACGGCGGCUCAACCAUGAGCCCAGCGACGGAAGCAGCAGCCGCGACGCCGAGCAGCACAGCGGCCGCCGACUACGCCGCACAGUACGCGCAGUACUACGGCGGCGCGGACCCCUAUGCCGCGUAUGGCGGCUACCAAGGCUACGUGGCCGCGUACUACCAGUACUAUGCCAGCCAGCAGGGCCAGGCGCCCGGCUCUGCGUCGACGACGCCUGCGCCCCCUGCCAUGUCGGCCUACCAGGCUCCGCCGCCCCCACCCGGCUCGGAACCCCCACCGCCGCCUCCUCCGGGUGAUGCCCCGCCUCCGCCACCGGCUGGGUCGCCUCCCGGCGUGGGUGGCUAUAGCGCUGUGCCACCACCACCGGGCUUGUGA